AGCAUCAGACAAACCUUCACACACACACAGAUCAUUAUAUAUACCCAAGCUGUGAGUCAGCAUGUACCAGCCCAUCUCUAAAUAGGAAGGGAUCCUGGAGUUGAGGUCCUGAUCACUCAGUUUUUUCUCCUUUCCUACUCUGCUUCACAAUGCAGCUGCAUGAUUUGUUUUCUUGUCUUGAUAUAAAGGAGCAAUUGCUUAUUAUUUUUGCCGGCCUCCUUAUGGUAUAUUUUCAUUUUCGUAAGGAUAAGGAUCCACCAGGCUUUCCUCCAGGACCUCCAGCUCUCCCUCUUUUAGGAAACAUCUUCAACAUUGAUGCCAAACAGCCUCAUAUUUACCUAACCAAGCUCGCUGAUUUUUAUGGGAAUGUGUUCUGCAUAUGUCUGGGAAGGCACAAAACAGUGUUUGUGUCCGGGUGGAAGAUGGUGAAGGAAGCUUUAGUAACACAAGCGGACAACUUUGUGGACCGGCCUUACAGCCCGAUGGUGACCAGAAUUUAUUCAGGGAACUCAGCGGGUCUUUUCUUCAGUAACGGGAAGGUGUGGAGAAGACAGCGACGUUUUGCCAUGGCUACUUUACGCACCUUUGGUUUAGCUAAGGAGUCCACAGAGCAGAGUAUUUGUGAUGAAAGUCAACAUCUGAAGGACGCGAUGGAAAAGGAGAAAGGUGAGCCAUUCGACCCAGUGCCGUUCUUAAACAAUGCUGUCUCCAACAUCAUCUGCAAGAUAGUGUUUGGGAGACGAUUUGACUACAGUGACCACAACUUCCAGGUCAUGCUGAGCAAUCUGACUGAGAUGGCCUAUCUGGAAGGUUCCAUAUGGGCUCUACUAUAUGAUGCAUUCCCAGGACUGAUGAAACACCUGCCGGGGCCCCACAAUCGCAUCUUUAGCAGCUCCAGAUCUUUGGUAGCAUCUAUCAGGGAAGAGAUCGAGAAACAUAAGUUAGAUCUGGACCCCAACAACCCAAGAGAUUAUGUUGACAGCUUCCUCAUAAAGGAGAAACACAACAGAAACACUCAUUUGGGCUUUGAGGAAGAAAACCUGGUUCUGUGCUGUCUGGACUUGUUCCUGGCUGGCAGUGAAACCACUUCAAAGACUUUGCAGUGGGGACUCAUCUAUCUUAUCAUGAAUCCUCAGAUCCAGUGUAAAGUCCAGGAAGAGAUAGACAGAGUGAUCGGACAGACCCGUCAGCCCACCAUGGCAGACAAACCCAACCUGCCUUACACUGAUGCUGUCAUCCACGAGAUCCAGAGGAUGGGAAACAUCGUCCCACUCAAUGGACUCAGGAUGGCCGCCAAGGACACAAUGCUGGGUGGUUACUUCAUACCCAAGGGGACCUCUGUGAUGCCUAACCUGACUUCAGUGCUGUUUGAUAAGAAUAAAUGGGAGACUCCAGACACCUUUAAUCCUGAACAUUUCCUAGAUACCGAGGGCAAGUUUGUGAGGAGGGAAGCAUUUUUACCUUUCUCUGCAGGUAGGCGCGCGUGUCUCGGUGAGGGGCUGGCAAGGAUGGAGCUCUUCCUGUUUUUUGUCAGUUUGUUUCAAAAGUUUAAGUUUUCCACUCUGGAUGGAGUCAAGCUGAGUACAGAAGGAGUCAUCGGAGCCACUCGCACACCCUACCCUUUUAAGGUGUACGCUAAGCCCCGCUGAACCAUCCCCAACAAACCACACUCGUGAAAUUUAAAGACUUAUUUCAAUGAAAGGGUAUUCCCCUACCAAAAUCAGUUUCAACAGAAAAAGCAAAUAUGAAUAUUGUUGUGUUGCUGUGAGAUGGAGACUAUGCCUUUUUCAAUAGUAGUAUUAUUAUUUAUCAUUAUUUAUCACAUACUGAGUUUUGACUAUAGACCAGCGGUCCCCAACCUUUUUUGCGCCACGGACCGGUUUAUGCCCGACAAUAUUUUCACGGACCGGCAAUGAGGUGUCGCGGAUGAAUACAACAAAAUAAAACUAGUGCCGGUACCGA